GUGUGAUUGUUUUGUCGAAGGAAAUAUGGCUGAAUUGCAUGUUGUGGAGCAGAGUGCUACUAGCACUAUAGGUCAAACCGAGCACCGUGAUGUCCGAGGCUCUGUUCGGCUGGCUUCGUCCAGUCUCAUGGUUCCGCCGCGGAGUAGCUUGCCCACCAGUCCCGGGGUAUCGAGUACUAGCAGAGUAGUGUUUGGGUUCUCAAUGAAGAGCAACCCCAGUUCCCCGUCAGAGCCAGCAGAGAAACCCGGAUCCCGCUGGGUUCGCCUCAAUGUUGGUGGAACCUACUUUGUCACAACCAAACAGACAUUGUGCAGGGAUCCCAAAUCGUUCCUGUACCGAUUGUGUCAAGAAGAUCCGGAUUUGGACUCUGAUAAGGAUGAGACAGGUGCUUACCUGAUUGACAGAGAUCCCACAUACUUUGGCCCCAUUCUGAAUUACCUGCGGCAUGGGAAACUGAUCAUGGACAAGAACCUAGCAGAAGAAGGUGUCCUUGAGGAGGCGGAGUUCUACAAUAUUGCGUCAUUGGUGAGGCUGAUAAAAGAGAGGAUACGGGACAACGAGAACAGGACAUCUCAGGGCCCAGUGAAACAUGUGUACCGGGUGCUGCAGUGCCAGGAGGAGGAGCUCACCCAGAUGGUGUCCACCAUGUCAGAUGGCUGGAAGUUUGAGCAGCUCAUAAGCAUCGGCUCGUCCUAUAACUAUGGCAACGAGGACCAGGCUGAAUUCCUGUGUGUGGUUUCCCGGGAGCUCAACAACUCCACUAACGGCAUUGUCAUCGAGCCCACUGAGAAGGCCAAGAUCCUCCAGGAGAGAGGUUCACGGAUGUGAUGAGACUCCCAAGCCUGAGCUCACCCUGCUCAGCUCAUGUGACAUUUCCUGAUGUCUCCUGCACCAUCUCAGCUAUGGUCCAAACCUUCACCUGUUCCACCUCCAACCCCACGCCCCUUUCACCUCCCCCUCCUCUGGGUGUGCCUUUCCACAGUGGGGGGGUUCCCAUCCCCCUCCCCUACAGUGCUGCAACAUAACCCCAUUGUCAUUUCUUAUUCUCAGUUAUAUUCAUGAACAUUUUGAGGGAUUCUGAAGAGAUGACAAUAGAGUAUUAUUAAAUGCAAUACCUGUUGUCAUAAGUUGGCUUUUGAAGAUUCAGGUUUUGCCCCUGAUCAUAAUCCCCAUCUUGUCCAUAGUACCUCCACACAGAGCUAAAUCAUUGUCACCUUCCUCAUUCAGGUGAUCACACAGUUAGUGGGGAGCCCUUUCCUUGUCUGUCCGGCUAUGUCGACUUGGCGGAAAUCUGUGAUAAUCUCCUCAGGACUUUCAAAGGACAAAAAAAAGGAAAACAAAAAAUCUACUGACUGUGACCUUCCCCACCUACAACCCUGAAUAUCCACCUAUGGGGUGAGAUGAUACUGUUAGCAACAUGGCCCACCCUCUGACCUCCAAUCCUAGUCCUUCUAUCUCCACAGCUGGAGCUCCAAGACAGUUCAUAGUCGCUUGGGAGGCUGAAGGCGGAGAGGUUGGGCUAAGGACAGUGAAGCCAUCAGAAUCUUCUAUAGCCCUCAAAUUCAAAUCUGGACCUCAAAGCCAGUUCCUCUGCUCCCCCCCCCCCAUUCUUCCCCUCUAAUCAGAGACAGAUUUAAACUUGGGACACGAGGUGGGUGCGAUUUUUAAUUAUCAGGUAGGACAGAAAACCAGCAGUAGUAUGGACCUUGUAGGGUAAGAUUUGAAUACCCCUGUUCUACAGUAUCUCUUUUGGUCAUCUUGUGCAGUCAGUCCUGCUCUCACAGAAACGCUUGCAUAAUAAAACUAGAGGAUAAUGGGGAGGAACAGACCCUUGUCUGACAGAGGGUCCACCCCACCGUGGUUCAUCAGUGACUUUCACUGCUGAGUGCUGAGCAUCCAUCACCCUGAGCAUCCAUUUUCUUUUUGGUCAAAGUCCUUUGUCACCAGGAGGGCACAUCUUUUUUUUGCAGCCGUGCUAGGGAUGUUUCAGUGCAAAGGAAAACACACAACUUAAAAGACUAAACCACACACAUGUACACAAUUGUCAGGCAUGUGAGGAAUAUACAUCUAUAUAUAAUGAAAUUAUAUGGAAAAAAUGAAUGCAAAUUAUAAAUUUUUGUCAUAUAUUUGUGUAGUAUGGUGAGUUUUAUUCCAUUCGGGGAGGACAUAUCACUCCUCUUGGUGUUUCCCCCAAUGACAAAAGUGUAAGUUUGUGUAUGCAGUGCCUCUCUGCUAUACGUCAAUGAUUGAAGAUAUGAUCAGCGACCCAGAGUUUUUCAAUGACACAACUUCUAAGUAGAUUUUCUGUUCCUUAUAACCCUUUCAAACGAUCCUUAUUUCUCGCAGCUCUAUUAUGUUCUCUUUGCAUAUCUUAAAAUUGUAAUCAGAGAUAAGAGACGGGUUACUGAAAAGCUUUUAUUUGAAAUGAAGAGAUGGCAUGUGUCCAGUACAGUGUGCCUGUUGGACCUGUGAUCAUCUGUAAUCUGCCUAGCCUUGUUACAUUUUCAUGCCAAUUAUCACUCACUGUGCAUUUGCCUGCUACACACCUUGGCGUAUGUUCAGGUAACAGCUUUGCUUUACAUUUUGCAGUAUGCACUGUUUAGUAAUUCUAGAGUAUGCUGAAAUUAAUAUUUUACAUACAUACUCUGGAAUUGUUAUAGAGUAGGUAUACCCACAGGAACAUUGGGUAUUGAAAUUGCCUCAUGGAUGGGACAUUUCAGCUUCUUGAGUUGUAACGUUGGGGGGAAAUAAGGAAAAGUGUUACAUCUCUCUGUGCCAACCAACAGUGAUGGGUACAAGCUUGUCUGGAGUAUACUUCUCUUAUACGCAUAUCAUUGUCCCAGGAGUAAAUCCUGGUAUUACCCCAUUUGUACUACAUUCUGUCAAUUUGACUGUGUACUUAAAAUAAGUACCCCAUAGGUGACCAAUAUCACAUCCUUUUUAUUUCACGGGCGUCACAUAAUCUGUACACCUUUUCCUGUGUAUAAUGAAUAUUUGGUGCAAUUAUGUUAUACCAGCAUGUGUAAGAAUGCGUUCAACUUAAAAACCACACCCCCAAAUAAUUACCUGUGCUGUUGUUAUGCUCCCUGACUUUUUUGUUGUUGUUGUGACUUUUUGUUUUUACUCUUGGAGUGUAUGUUGUGCAAUUCUACUACUAAACUGGGACAAAACUGCAGUAGCGCACAGACUGUGCUGCUGGAAGAAUGACUGACUGUCUGAUAGAGGCUCUUUUUCUCCUCUUUGGGCCUUUUUCAAAGCCCCUGGGGGUUGUUCUCUUUCCCUUUGUCUGUCUGUGUCCAGUGUUGUGCCUUAGACGUCUUUCGUGCACAGUUGUUGCUCCUCUCGCAUUGGAAAUGAAAAGCUACGAGGCACCCGUGUGGCGUGGUUCCUCUGUUGGUUCGAUCUCCCGUUAUUAGUCAGCGAGAGAAACUCCUGGAAUAGACCUUGACCGAGUCUAUUCUGCCGUCAUGACUAGGUCCUGUUUGUUUACGUACAGUGCAGAUUAUCAGGCUUAACUCCUUUUCUUUUGUGCCAAUACUUUUUAACCAAGCCCCCCCCCCCCUUAUUGAUCCCUGUACCUUAGCUCUUGAACCUUUUGCCUGUUAGUUUGUCGCUGCAUUGCUUUGUUUUCUUUCCUGUCAUAAAUGUGUGUGGACUGUAGGUGAAGUUGGCCUUGUAAGUUUACCCCACAACCAGCUGAGAGGCAGAGAACAGGAGACAGUGGUUGUAUUUGUGAUUUUAUCUCAGUAAAAGGUUCCUUCCACCAAGUCGGUGCCUCUUGAGAUGUGUAACUUGGUGAAACAAUAACAUUUGAUUUAACCUCAUUUUUUUCAUUUUUAUAACCGGCAUUUACAAUUCAAUAUUGGUUGGUGCACAAUUUCACUUAAAAUAUCAAAGGGACUCAAAAGGCACUCAUUUCGUGGAACGAACCAAAAGCCAGCAGUGCACUUUUCUUUUGUGAAAAUGGCAAGACAUGUUUAUUUGGCUUUCUUUCUUGAAUUGCAUGUUUAAGGCAGCUUAUGCUGUCUGUUUUGAUCCCAUGACAAUUACACUGACAGAACUGUUUUGUUGUUGAUGUAUGCAUUCACUUUGAAGCACUUAUUUUUCACUCCAGUGAACCCAAAUUUCUCCUUUUGACAUUUCUUUGUUUCCUUUUAUACUUGAAGAUUGGUUCAUUCAAUUUUGAAAUUGAACUUUGUACUUAGAUACAAACGAUCAUUGCAAAAAAAUAAAGUGUUUCCCCUAUCACUGCACUA